UUGUCCUUCAUGAAGAAAAACCCAGUGUGUGCAGCUACUGGUAAAAAUAAAACCAUUUUAAAUAUUUGUGAAAAUGAAAGGCAAAAUAAUGCUCAUAUUGAUUGUCAAUGAAUAUGAAAUUACAAAAGUUUGAGUAAGAUAAUAAUAAAAAAAAGAUAUCAAACAUGCAAGUCAAUAGAAACAUCCUGGCAUGAUUUAGAUGAAGAGAAAUCCCUAGAAAGGUCUUAGCGAGAAGGCAAAGUGAUAGACAAAUGAACAGACCAAUCAGAACAAUCCCCCGUGAUUCACGCUGGGUCACGGGCACUGACUUUUUAGUUGGUGCAUGUAAGGUAAAGCAAGAAGAAAUGCAAAAAAACACUUUAAUUUAAAUUGAAAUAGGGUACGGCUAUUUUGUGUACGUUUUUAUACAAACUUUUAUGUAUAAGUAGACUAAAAUUUGGUGAAUAUAGUACGUGAAGUUAUAGACCUACGCGUUUAUUUAUCAGCCUACAUUUAGUGUAUUUUCAUUUCUCAAACUAAUUUGUGAAAUUUGCCAAAAUGGUAUGCAGACUGUUCGUCGGUUUUAUAAAACGGACAAACUAUGCGGCCACGUAAUUCUCAAACUCUUGUAGAAGAAAUGUGAAGUUUCUAGAAUGCAAACACUUUUUUUUAUUGUUGGUUGAAAUGUGCGACAUGUGAGACAAAUUAUGUAUUACGAGGCACGACAGAAAAUGAGUGGACAUUUGUCAGUGUUAUGAACAGGCUGGAUAUUUAUUUAUCUGUCCGAGAAAAUUUUAAAGUAAAUUUUAGGCAGCUAACGUUAACAAGCAAAUGCUCGUUUUGUUAAUUCACAAUGGCAUGCAGUUUGCUCUGUUAAGACUGUCACUCUGUUCUAUUUUUAUUUGAUAAUGAAGGUCACAAAUGCAGUUUCAAUGAACAAAGUGAAUCGCUGCGACAAAACAGAGCCCCAUCUUCUUAACGAACAAAAGCGAAAGACUGGAUAUUUAACAGAUGUAUACGCAACUUGACAUGUUCUGUGCUAUUUGAUAAGGCAAACAAAUACUAUUGUUUCAAUUUUUCCGGAGAGCCUAAACAGAAAAAUAUACCUAAAUACCUAAAAUGUUCUUACUUUGUCAAAAUACAAAGGCGUACGUUUAUACGCAAAAACAAAAACGGUCACACCAUAAAACACGCAUCCGUAAAACAGCAAUAUACCAUAACAUAUUAAUUUAUUUAUUUUUAAAACGGUAAAUGGACUUUGCAAUACAGCUAAAAAACUAAUAACCAUUUAUAAAUAAAAGGGAUUAAGUAGUGUCAGACAAAUGGGGCAGUAUACAACGUCUCAAUAACAUGCCGUUUCCAUAAAAUUACAUUGUCAAAAUAUGGCCUACAUCUACUGUCCUGUAAAUUGUGUGACCAUCUUUGUUGACAUAUUUACUAAGCUUAAUAUUUGCCUUUCAUUUAAUGAAGUGUUUAAUUUACUUGCCUCGCUUUCGUGCUCAUUUUGCAGCCUCAAAAGAAACUUAACUGUUUUUUUUUUUUGGAGAAAACGAUUGUUCUUUGUUCUGUUAUUGGGUUCCUUAUCCGUAAAAAAUCGGCUAGAUGGCGCUAUUGCUCCAUGCUGUUCCACAUAAAUUCACCAACUUGACCCCAGUGACGUCAGGACGGUCUGGCGCAUCAAGGCCACUUUCAAAAGCCGAUUGGUCUGAAAAUCACAUGACAAGGCGCCUUGAAUCUAUAAUUAUGUUGCUGAUAUUUUUCGCCCCCCCAAAAGAUGUCAGCGUCCUACUGUCCUUAUCUUCUUGUCUUCAACAUAAAGGAGAUUUUUUUAAAGCAAAAGAAAAAACUAGCUUAGUAACAAAAUGUCAUGCCCGAACAACAUGGCAGCCAACACAUUCCUGAUGGACUCGCUGGUGGGAGGAACAUCUCCUUACAGAGGUGAGGGAUUUUCCACUAACUCUGGAAUGUAUAUGCAAACGUCUGUAGAAUAUGGUUGUUCCAUGAUGAUGGGUAGUUUUGGCAUUGUUGGAACCCCACUCUCCAAACGGGAUGAGCUGCAACCGAGUGGGAUGCAUCUCAGCAGUUACCAGCAUUCGCAUUACCUGUCUCAGCGGGACACUUGGACUGCAGGCUCUAAAACUUACAGAGGCUCUCAACCUGUUGCCCAGCCUUUGCACCCAUGCUCAUUUCCAGCUGCUAGUAGUGUGAAGGAGGAAGCGAUCCCUUGUCUUUACCAGACUGAUAUCGACAGCGCUAAGGAGAAAUCCACCUACAUCCGUCUGGGAGACAAUAGCAGCCACCCGAAUCAAAGCACCGUCUCCACUCCCGAUUAUUUCCAACGGAGCCAGGUGUACACCAGUGAAAGGGGCCGCCACGGAGAUGAGUUCGGCUCGGACUUCAACCCAAUACCCAGAAUAGCAACGCCAGAAGAGGCUAUAGCUCGGGAACCAUAUGUCAAAACCAACAAAGAAGACGAGGAAGGGAAUACGCAGGAGGACGACGUGGAUAAGAAACAGUCUAGAAAAGAGGAGAGUGUCUCAAAAACAUACAGUUGUUGUACCGACGAUUCCGAGAGCGAACUGAAAGAUGAGGAUAAAUUAGAGAAAGCACCUGGAAAUUGGCUAAAAGCGAAAAGUGGACGAAAGAAGAGAUGUCCCUACACAAAGCAUCAGACACUUGAGCUAGAGAAAGAGUUCUUGUUCAACAUGUACUUGACUCGAGAGCGCCGUCUGGAGAUCAGCAAGAGUAUCAACCUCACAGACAGACAGGUCAAGAUCUGGUUCCAAAACAGAAGGAUGAAGCUAAAGAAGCUCAACACUGAAAGUCGCGUCCGGGAGCUAACUGGCUAUAGCUUCAACUGAGGGCUAAAAAAAACAGACAAAAUAAAUAUUAAUCAAAUGCAUACUGUCUCUCGUCUCCCCACGUUUUGCCCAUCUCUCUUUUCCCCUAAAAUGUCUCCUAUUUAUUCACAUACUGACUCAUAUACAAUACAAAAUAGCAAAGCAUACUGGGGUAAAACGCUGGCCUCUGCCAUUUAUUGCUAAAAGAACUGGAACCUCUUGCAAACAAUAUAAAUUUAGUCAACACUCGAACCUAACCUAUCAUUGAGAAACACUGCACAAAUAACAUUGUAAAUAUGCCAGUUGAGGAUUAAAAGAAAGGACGCUUGGUGCAAAUAUUCGUGAUAGAUUUGCAUUACUAAACUCCUCAACUCCGAAUCUUUAGAAUGAGAUGUUGAUGUCUUAGCUUAUUAGCCGCCAGUGCGCUUGUCCAGUACAAUGCGUGCUCUGUAUUUUGCAUGCUUUGCUCUAAAAGUGUAUUUGUCAUUUUGAUGUUUAACUCGAGAGGCUGAUGAAUAAAACAGGGGAUGGUAAAAUCUAAUGUCCUGGUAUAUCCUUCCCCUUGCCUAUUUUCUCUUGACUCUGUUGACAAAGCGACAUUUUGGUGAAGA